CAGUUUCGGAACGCGGUCUUUCUCAAUAAGUGUUGUUGGUUGCAUCUUCAAAUUAUUAUAUUGUUCAUCAGAAACGAAGACGAAAAAAAACACGCUAAAAUUAUUAUGUGGCAAUAUUGAAUUUGAAUUUUUUGUUUUUGAAAGUCAUAAAUUAUAUUAUUAGUUUUUAUAUUCGUAAUCUUAAAGUUGUGCGUUAUUGAUCUAUGAAGUUCAAUUUGGUUUUGUUGACAGUGUAGAGUUUUUUGUUGUUGUUUUUAAUUCUAUGUAAUUCCGUGGGUGUUGUUUCAUGUUUUGUUUUUGUUUUACGUGUGGUUUUUCUAGAUUUGGUGCAACUUGUUUUAUUUCGGUUCGUAAAACAUAAAAGACUAAGUGAGAAACACUAAAGUACAGACAUUGAAAGAGAUUCAAAUAAGAUAAACACUACAUAUCAGAAACUCUAUAAACAUGCAUCCGAGAAGUAGUAUUUGUGUCCUGGUUAUCCUGAUGGCUGCCCUUAUCUGCGAUCAAACAACAGCCCUGCCCAGCACCAGGGCGAAGAGGCAAGCUGCUGCUUCGGUAUCAGCUGCUGCCACAACAUCUCUAGAGGGACCAAAAUCCAACGACUUGAACCCUAUUGACUCACAGGAAGGAGACCUUAGUGAUGUUGAUAGAAAUAAGAGAAAAGUACCAGACGCUGCUUUUGAGGCUAAAAACGCUGUUCUUGGAUUUGUCUUUGGCAAAAUCGACAGUCUUUUGGACACCAAGACCCGAUUACUCGACCAACUCGAUAAGACCAACGUAGAAAAGAACAGGGAAUACAACAUUCAAUCCCCAGUACCAAUUCGUGAUUUCCAAACCCUCGUCUCAGCUGUUGUCUCACCCAAAAUCCGAGCUGUUGGCAAUCUAGCCAAUGACCUUACAACCGGAGUCCUUACCACAUUCACCGCCUUCAGUGGCGGUUCAUCAGGAAAUGGAAACGCCCAAGCCGGUCUUGGUAAUAUCGUUACGAAAAUCUUAGGUUUCUCCGGACCUAUCCUCCAAGGAUCAUCAGGAUCAACGACGGAAGUCGUCCCAGACUCCGAAGAAGAUAACUAUUAGACAAAAAAAAAGAAAAAGGGAAUUAAUUUAAAAAUUUAAAAACGCGGUUAUAAAUUAUAUACCCUCGUGGUUGUGUAUGAUAAUUAUAUAAAUAUUUUAUAUAGAAUUUCGAUUUUGUACCUAAAUUUACUUUUUGUUAGUAGAUUGUUUAUAAUUAUGUGUACUAUAAUUAUUAUGCUUAUGUAUUGAAUUUAUUAUUUUUUGUGUUUGCUUUGUUUUAUGUUUUAAUUUUUGUUUUGUUAAUUUAAAAAUGAAAAAGAAAACACAUUGUAAAUUUUUAAGAAGACUACAAAAAGACUCCUAGAAACAUAUAAAUGAUGAUUGUUUUCCUAGCUUAAGAAUAAUCCAAAUCCAAAUCCACAUAUCCCCAUGUGAAAUUUUGUAAAAACUAAUGGUGGAAAGUUAAUAUCAAAAAUACAACAUUCAACAUACACACAUUACAUUUUCAUUGUAAAAACAUAAUUAAAUCAAAAAAUCAUUUUGUUGGCUAAUUUUAUGCUAAAACAUUUAUCUAAUAGUUUUAAUAAACGAAAAGGAUUCAAAUUUAAAAAAAAA